AUGAAGGCCGCCGUCGCCCUCACGGUCGCCCUCCUCUCCGCCGCCGCGCAGGCCGCCUUCACCGAGACCGUUAACGGCGUCACCUACACCGUCAAACACUUCGACGCUGACGGCUCCGAGCUGCCCGUCGAGUUCGGUGCGGCCAUUGACGCCGCCGCGCGCGCCGCCCGGCGUCGCAAAGCCUUCCAGGCCGGCCGCGGCUCCUCCUCCCUCAAGCAGCGCUCCCAGACCUUCGACAACUGGUGUGGCGCCGCCAACCUCCAACCCCCCGGCGGCGGCGACUGGAACAGCGUCUCCGGCAAAUGGACCGUGCCCAACAUCUCCCUGCGCCCCGGCCAGAGCGUCUCCGACCCGCCGUCGCUCAUCCAGAGCAUCGGCAUCGGCGGCGACGGCUGCCUUCCCGACGGUUCCACCCAGGGCGGCGGCUCCAACGGCUGCCAGUCGGGCGGCAUCAUCGGGGGCGGUACCGGUUCCCAGAUCGGCCGCGACGGAAAACAGGAAAACUUCGCCUAUGUCGAGUUUUGGCCCGAGGCAAUGCGCGCCGUCAAGAUGCACGUCAACGCCGGCGACGAAAUGUUCGGCCGCGUCACCACUGACUCGGCCAUCGCCGGCAACGUCACCAUCAUAAACAUCACCACCGGCCAGUGCAUGUACGCCGUAUUCACCGACGCCCAGGCCGCCCUAUCCGGCUCCUCCGUCCAGUGGACCGUCUCGGCCAUCGGCUCCAUAUCCUCGAACAAGCGCGAGCCCUUCGCCGACUUCGCCGACAACAACUUCAGCGAAUGCCAGGCCACCACCGACGGCGGCCAGUCCGCCGGCCCCGGCACCAAUAACAUUAACUUGAUGCAGAACGGCCGCACCCUCUGCACCGGCAGGAUCGAGGGCUCCAACGUCUACCUCCAUAGCAGCAACUAG